AUGUCUAGCAUUUCAAUACCUUUGUUAAAUUCAUUCUGAUAAAAGCUUCCUUUGUAGGAAUAGGAUCAUUUGAUUGGAGUGUUUUAUGGAAUGUAAGUUGACCAAUUGGAUGGUCCAGAUUGAUCAACUGACCACAUGUCCAAAUUCAACUCAUUGUGCUUGAAGCUCUAACACCAUCUUAUUUAUUUAUUGCUUAAUUGCCGCUAAUUUACUUUGUUUUGCUCUAUGGCUGCUACAGGAUGAUCCUGUUUGUGUUACUGCUCAAGGUGAUGGCAAGAUUCUUAUUACAGAUAUAUGGGUUGAUGGUAUGUAGAUCUCAACUAGAUAGGCAGUGCAGGUGGAUCCUCUCCUGCCAAAUAAAUCCAUUGCAUUUCCAGGCCUUGGCACGCUUUCAGGAAGUCACCAACAGAUAUUGCCAAGAAAAGAAAUCUACAUUAUGCCGAAUGUUUAUCAUCAAUGCUGGCCCUGGUUUUAGGCUGCUGGAGCCAAGUGAAGUCUUUUAUCAAUACAAAAACCACCUCAAAGAUUCAUGUACUCUCAAUGAGGCUUUUCUUUUAUUUGUAUUUAAUUAAUUAAUGUUCCAUCUUCUAGAAAUACUGUGACAAUGUGUCUAGCAGUAGUUUUUGACAUGCUUCUUUAAUUUGGAAGGGCAGGGUUCACAGAGUUUGAUGAAUAUGUUCCCACGGUAACCAAUGCUGUAGAUUCAAGCUGGAAGAAGUGUCCCAUCAAAAGUUCCUGUCUCCUAGAAGUAUGCAAGUAUAUAUUAGAUUUCAUUAGGGAGUUGCAGGCUUUUGCGAUUUAAUGGUUAUAUGUUGUUAUAUGAGGUAUCAUAUUUAGUGGAUUCCAUUUAUGUGCAUGUAUUUGUCAUAUGAGGCAUCAU